CCUUUGGACUGCUUAAGGUAUGUUGAGUUAGAUCACUCAAGAGGAUGGAGGCCACGUUCUCAUCAACCAUGAGAAUGGCCAUGGUCACAGACAAAGGCAGCUCACUCAGAAUCAGCACCAACAGUUCCUACAACGCUACUUCGGAUAAUGCCUCUACAGUCAGCUCCGACUCCAUGGAAGACAUCAUAGCCACGUGUACCAUUGGGACUAUCCUCUCUGUUAUGUGUAUUAUCGGAGUGACAGGCAAUGUAUAUACUUUGGUAGUGAUGUGCCACUAUUUGAGGUACUCAGCUUCUAUGUACAUCUAUAUCAUCAAUCUUGCCCUAGCAGACCUCUUGUACCUUCUCACCAUCCCUUUUGUUGUCGGGACAUAUUUUGUUCAGGAGUGGUACUUUGGCGAUAUCGGAUGCCGGAUCCUUUUCAGCUUAGAUUUCCUGACAAUGCAUGCAAGCAUCUUCACUUUGAUGGUGAUGAGCACAGAGAGGUACUUUGCAGUGCUGAAGCCAUUGGAUACUGUGAAGAGAUCUAAGAGCUAUCGGAAAGGCAUUGCCAUCAUCAUCUGGAUAGUGUCUCUGCUUCUCACCCUUCCGAUGCUUAUCAUGAUACAGCUGGUACAAGGAAACAAGAAAAUCUGCCUUCCUACCUGGAGCAAGCUGUCCUCCAAGAUCUAUAUCACCGUACUCUUCUGCACCAGCAUUGUGGGUCCAGGGGUAAUAAUCGGGUACCUUUAUAUUAAACUGGCCAGAACUUACUGGGUGUCCCAAACAACUUCAUUUAAACAGACCAAGCGGCUUCCCAACCAAAAAGUAUUAUAUUUAAUUUUUACUAUAGUGCUGGUCUUUUGGGCUUGCUUUUUGCCUUUCUGGAUAUGGCAGCUCAUUUCUCAAUAUUGUGAACAUUUCCCACUUUCUCAGACGGCCUUGAGGAACAUCAACUAUCUAACCACCUGCCUGACAUACAGCAACAGUUGCAUCAACCCUUUCCUCUAUACCCUGCUGACCAAAAACUACAAAGAGUAUUUGAGAAACAGGCAGCGUUCGUUUAACAGCAGCAAUGGAUAUUUUCAGAGGAGGAACAGAUUCCAGAGAAUUUCUGGGAGGUCUUUGUCCUCAUGCAGCCAGCAUUACACCGAGACAGUUGUGCUCUCUCCCAUUCCUGGUGGAAACAAUGAUGUCUGA